CUUGUUUCCUCUUGCUGUGUAUGACAAUAAACACUUUGAAUCUUGAAAAAGUGGAACAGUGAAUUCUCCAAAAGCUUUGUUUAUAUUCACCUUUAAACCGCUGUGCACAAAAGAAUGAGGAAGUUUGCAGGUAAUUACAAAAAGGAAACGCUUGCUUUCACACAGACAAACAGGUACAGACGCACAAAAACUCGACUCAGAAGACUGAAGGAAGCAUUACCUAUCGUUGUAAGAUUAUUUCUCUUAAUAAUCUAUCCAAUUACCAAACUGCAUCUGUCGGUAAGAGAAAUUUAUAAAGUUUUUUUAUAUCCGGUUUUUGGUCUCUUAUAACAUCGAUGGAUUCUGGGGUGUUCCUGCAUCAGUCUGUAAGUCCAAAGACUGCAGACCUUCCAUCAGGAAUGUUAAAGUGCAACGAGAACAAUCUGAUGUUUAUCUGCGAGUUCAAGUCUGAUCCUGAUUCAUGGUGGGCGUCUGGUGAUAACAGUUACAGAGAUGAUAUAAGCUGUAAGUCUGUGUCAGUCAUCCUCCCUGCACAAUGCAGUGUUUACCAGCUGCGACUACGUAUCUGCAUGCAGGCGGAGGAGCAGAAUUUCCCCCCAGACCCACUGGCAAUACUGGAGCCAGAGAAAUACACUCUGCUCUAUGCUACAGGGAAAGACUGGUAUGAGAUCUAUGAUGACUGUCAGGUCAUCAGGACAUUGAACAUUCCGUGGUCAUGCAAUGACUCUGGACAUCUGUUUGCUAAGAUAGUGGUCCAACCAGUAGUGACAGUUAAUAACGAAGCGAAGGAAAAACAGCAGAAGAUUCUGGCCAACCUGAUUGGACAUGACCUGGACAAAACAGUGUCAGACAGGCUUAGUGAGCUCACCUUCACUCGCAGAAAACUGGCAUCUCCAAGAAAAGAAGAACUAAGGAAUCAGGAUAAAACACUGUAUGCUACAGAGCCUUGGGUAACAUCUGCACCCAUGCCAAAUGACCUGCAGGACUGGCUAAGUCGAAGGUUCUCCAUCACCUUCCAUUACCAAAACAAACUCAGCUUCACUGUACAAGUUUAUGUGAGUGAAACACCAAAUGUUCUUCUUCAAGUUUUUAGACGGGUGAGUUAUGAUAAUGGAAUUGCCUGUGAUACGUCUGAGGAGCUGGUUUUGAAAAUCACAGGGAGGGAAGAGUUUUUAUCUGGAGAACACAGACUCAUUGAUUUCCUUUGGGUUCGGCAGUGCUUGAAAACCAACCAAGAGCUCCAUUUGUCUGUGAUGUGUAUGUCGCAGCUUGGCGAUGAUACAGUCGGGCUUGUGGACUGGCCACUUGUUGAUGGAUUUACAGGUCAAUUCAGUUCACAUGAGGAUUUGUCCCUUGAAGGGAAGGAUGUGGAUGACAUCUUCAUGAUAUCUUUGUGGGAUUGCAAUAGAAGACUCAGAGUCAAACUGCUUGGCUUCGACAUCCCAAAACUACCAAGCAAAUGUCCGCAAUCCGCUUAUGUAGAGGCCUCCAUACUUUACGGCAGUAAGGUUCUCUCUUCGGUAUCCUCUAGCCCCAAGUCUUUCACAGAUGAAGUACUGUGGAAUGAGUGGCUGGACUUUGAUGUUUUUCUGAGGGAUUUGCCAAGAGGAGCCAAGUUGGGUCUCACCAUUAACAGCAGCAGUAAUGACAGCAACUCACCAACCAAAGAUUCAAGGCCUACAGUUAACAAAGCACCAGAACAGAAAUGGAAGGGGAAGGUGCUCUACUUUGUCAAUCUUCUCCUCAUAGAUCACAGAUCUGUCCUGAGCCAAGGCCCCUACACCCUCCACAUGUGGUCUUACCCUGAGCUAGAAGAAGAGGCCUUCACUUACCAGGCAGACAAGUUGUCCUCUGCUACUAACCCGGACAUCGCUGACUCCAUGGCUAUCAGUUUCCUUCUUGACCGCUACAGUUUCCCUGUUGUUCUCCCAAAUACUAUGAGCCACCCUGAUUAUUCUGGCAGUCCAACAUCCAGUUUUUUCAUCAGCAAGGAUAGUGGUUCCUCUCAUGCACCAAGUUCAUCCUCCUCCUUACCACCCAAACCCCCUACCACCUUUUCAAACAUACGUUCUUCCUCUCCACAUUCAAAAACUCUCCAGGACCAAAACCCCAGCACCAUUUCUGACAGACCUGUGCCCCAAAGGGACAUGAAUACCCUCACAAAAUUUCGACAGGAAAGUGUCCUUUAUUCCUCCAGCCUACGACCGUUCCUGUGCAGUGUUGAUUGGAUGAAUCGCCAAGUGGUUGAGGAUGUCCACUGGUUAUUGAGCCACUGGGAUCCUGGAGAACUGGACCUCACAGUCGCUCUUGAGCUACUUAGUAUGGAUUUUGCUGAUGAGAAAGUCAGGAGACUAGCGGUCCAGAGAUUGGAGAGCUUGUCCAAUGAUGAAGUAUUGAGAUAUUUGCUGCAGUUGGUGCAGACCCUCAAAGUGGAACCUUAUCAUGACAGUUUCCUGGCUCGGUACCUGAUCCAAAGAGCUCUAAGAAGCAAGAGGAUCGGACACUUCUUCUUCUGGUAUGUGCGCAGUGAAGUGGCAGGGUGUCCAUAUUUCCGUCAGCGUAUGGCUGUGAUUCUGGAGGCCUACUUGCUGGGCUGCGGUCAGUCCAUGUUGAACAGCUUCUGCCAGCAGGUCAGAGCUGUGGAGGCACUACAUGAAGUGUCUCUCAUGGUUAAGAAACUCUACCCUGACAAGACUGACCUUCCCCCAUCAGGUAGGAUACAUCAACUGCCCCUGAAGCUCCAGGAGCUCCUCCGAAACUGCACUCCAUAUGAAUUUGUUUUGCCCUUUGACCCUCGAGUCAAAGCUGGGAGAAUCCUGUUGGAAAAAUGCAAGGUGAUGGCAUCCAAGAAACCCCUGUGGCUGGAAUUCUGUCCCAUGCCAUCGCCCACCAACCCCACACCUGUAGGAAUAAUCUUCAAACAGGGGGACGACCUCAGACAGGACAUGCUGGUCAUUCAGACAUUGAUAGUGAUGGAUUCUAUCUGGCAGGAGAAAUCUGUGAACCUCAACCUCGUUCCCUACGGCUGCAUCUCCACAGGAUACAAUAUAGGUAUUGAACAAAAUAUGAUUGAGAUUGUGAGGAAUGCAAUGACUAUUGGCGUCCAAAGGUGCCAUGGAGGAACCACCGGCGCGUUCAGAAAUGAUGCUCUGUUUGAGUGGCUCAAGUCAAAGUGUCCACUCCAGGAAAUUCACUAUCAGACGGUGGAGAGAUUUGAAUCCUGUGCUGGUUACUGUGUGGCCACCUACGUACUAGGUAUAGGAGAUCGUCACAAUGACAACAUCAUGAUCACAGACCAAGGCAACCUGUUUCAUGACUUUGGCCACAUUCUGGGCAACAGGAAGCACUUUCUUGGCGUGAGCAGGGAGCGAGUGCUUGUCCUCACACCUGACUUCCUAUACGUCAUGGGCAGGGUCAAAGGACGCAGUAGCCUCUAUUUCCAACGAUUCAAGGACACCUGCACCCAGGCAUACCUCUCCCUGCGUUCCCACUCCCGCCUGCUGGUUACUCUUUUCUCCCUCAUGCUGCUCACUGGCAUCCCAGAGCUGAGUGCUGCAGAGGACAUGCGAUACCUACGGGAGGCGCUCCAGCAGGAACAAAGUGAGGCAGAGGCCAAGGAGCACUUCCUCCAGCAAAUCACAGUCUGCGAGCAGCUGGGUUGGACCGUACAAGCCAACUGGUGGAUCCACAUGUUGGCUGGCAUCAAGUAGACUUUUGCAGCGUCUGUAAUUAGCGGGAGCACUGCAGAGCGGGCGAGCUCAGUGACAUCCUUUUAUUUGUUAAUUUUUUAAAAACUUGUUCAGAAUACUUUGGGCUACAAAUUUGAUAAUGUGAAUUACUUAUGAGAUCAAUAACUGCUAUGAAGGUUUUAUUUCUUUGUUGUAGUGCAAUGGCACCCUCUUCUGGUGAAUUAGAUGCAAUUAACUUCUUGGCAGCCAGUGUUUUUUCUUUGUUUCCUCACUAGGUGUUGCACAAAUGUAAGUGUGCAAGUUCAGAUGUCUUGAUGAUGCACUGAUUCUCAGCUGUCAGUGGAUUCAUGCUUCAGUCAGUUGUCAUCAAUCUGUCUCCUGAUGUGUGUGUGAGCAGUCUACCAACACCUGGGCUCAGUUCUUGUCAUACUACUGUUGGCUGUGUGUGUCCUUGUACAA